AUGACCGCGAUGCUCAUAGCCCUCAAGAGCCAUAUACUCCUGCAUGACAGGGCAGUGGAAGCCGAUCCUUCUGCUUGCAUGGCUCCUACCAGUACAAUCUAUUCUAAUUAUGGGAUACGAAUGAUUGCCGAUCUGUGGGAGUUAUGUUUAGGCCAUUGGGAUGGAUCAAAAUUCCGUGUGGCUACUGUAUGGUCAGGCGAUGUCCUGAAACCCCAAUGCUUGCUAGAGAUUAGCUCUUUGCUGCUGGAUAUACAGAAAGAAGCUCAAGGCCGACAAGAGCUCAUCGGCAACUGGCUUUACUGCCUGCGGAAUUGUACCAAAGCACCAGCUGGGUCGAAUCCCAAAAAGAAGAGAUUGUCGACUGGGACAAGUCAGAGCUCGACGUCUUCGGCUUCUAGUAAUGCUCCCGAUAAACCCGUCAAACCCGCCAAACCGAAGAGAAUUACAGAAGAUGGACUUACCGAGAAAGACCCUCAACCAGGGCUGGCUCCCCUGUUCGGUGAUCAUGCUUACUCGGAGAUUCUGGAGCUGACCUCGAGACAUGUGGGGCUGAGUGACACUGCAAAGCUACUGAGAGUGAAUAACAAGCGCAUCAAUCAGGUCUUCACUUCCUCUUUUCGACUUCAACUAUCUUAUCGUAAAUCCUAUCAUGCCGUACCUUCUUCUUUCAACAAGACCGACGCUUCUGAAAACAAACCGAUCUCAGAAUUACAAAGCGUUGUUGGAGAAAAACGAGCCACAAUGUUCGAAUCGGAUUCGGGUUAUCUUCUAUUCGGUGAGAGGAUGAACAAACUCAGAAUCAACCCAACGGAUGAAAAGGCAGGAUAUCAACUUGAUUCUUUCAGUAUCUGGAAACUUUCUUCCACAGAAGCUGAAAUUGAAGAGAAAUCGAGGGGUGGAACCAAACAUCAAGGAUAUUAUAGAUGGAGGUAUAUUUUAGGUAAAGCCGGUUGUUAUAGCGUGAUCACGAUGUGUGUGGAAGAUUAUGUAGUAGCCGUUGUUAGGGAAUUCAACAGACAAUGUUGCGCAACUUUACCUCUUAACUCUGACGUAUUAUCCGACUUCCGAAUCUACUUCUAUCAGCUACUUCCCCCCAAGGGUACAACACCUCCACCGAAAGGUACUUGCGAGGGAGCUACUCGUCACCCAGAAGCAGCCUUGGGAUUUAUCGAAGUGCGAUUACCAGCUAGAUACCAUCUUCACCAAAUCAAAGCGCAACUAGCACCUGGAGGGACGGUUGGCUUGAUGCUCCGACCCACUGGUGACGCCGAUUUCGGUUUCUUGGGCGUCUGGGAUUGGAAAAGAGGUGUUUCGCUAGGAAAGAUUGCACCUUCCCCUCAAUUGACUCUUCCCGAUGACUUCCGUUUCUUCGGUAAUUUUGUCAUGGUAUCCGUCUUCAGAACCAUGGAAUCCCCGACUCGGUUGGAACCCAAAGUUUCGACAUCGAAGUCGAAAUCUCACCAUGGUAAAGAUCGUCAAAACAAGUCAAGCGAUGUAACCAAGAAAAUGUCAAGAGGUUACAAGGUACGAGGAAGAACGGGUCCAAUCCCAUCCAGGCAUAAUCGAUGCCUUGACAAUGACGAAGACGAUGAUCAUAGUGAAGAAGACGAUCCUAAAGAUUCGAAGGGUCAUAUCGAUAUUUUCUGUUGCUGCCUCGAGGCAUUUAAGAUCCAAAAUCCUUCCAACGGUACGAAGCCUUCGGGUUUCCCUCAUGAUGAUUACACCGAGAUCGGCUAUAGAUCUUCGGAACCAUGUACAUGGAAUUAUCAGGAUAUACCGAUUGGUGAACCUAUCGUCAGCUUCAUAUCGCCACCGUUCAAUCUGAUGCCAGCCUUCCCACUGAGUCCCAUGGACAUCCUUCUUCCGCCUGAACCGAUGAUCUCCCCUUCGUCAUGCGAUCUAGGCGAAGUUCACAUCGAUGAUGCACUUCUCAAAGGUGAAAGAGAUGGAGUGAUGACUUUCACUAUUUUCGCUUCGACCCGAGGAUCCGGUAGGGAUUCGUGGAUUCAAUGUCAAGGAGUGAUAUCCCUUCGAGAGAUCAUCCAUCGAAUCACUUUAACCCUCACUGCGAGACAUAGAGCUAGAGGCUCGACUCGCAAGGGACAGAUAGAAGAAAAGGAGCUUGCUACCAUGUGGUCUCAAGACCUGUCGGUGCAAAAAGCAUUAAAUCGUCAAUUGGGAUUAGAUGAUGAUGCUCAUUCAAAAGAGGUUGAAGAACACGGAUGGGAAACGGAGUCGAACGAUGAAUACACUUCAUCGAGAGUAUCCGCCAGUCGAAAUCGAGGUAAACAGAUCAAGGGAAAGAGCAAAUCCAAGGGCAGAAAUAAGAAAUACGAUGAUCCAAAGAACAACACAUCGUGCGAUGAUAUUCAACCUGGUGGUUACGUGAAUGGCACACGACCUGGGAAAGAGAAAGGUAACACCGAUAUGAUAAAAUAUAUUAUUCCUCACGAUAAAUGCGCCAAAUCGGCCUCAUUCAGAUUUUCACAAUAUGCCAAAACGCCUACGACAUUCGGAACGAAGGUCUUCCUGGCCGAACCGAACUACGAUAAGCUUAAAGCUGACUUGGAUCAGGCGAUUAGAUCUGGCUCUAUACCAACUCGACUGAUUAUGAGGGACUUCAACCCGAACAUCGUCAACAACGAUACAUAUUCAAAGUUGAAGUUUAAAGUACCACUAGGUUUAGGUGGGGUAUCAUUGAAGAAUCUCAAUCUCGGUGGCGGUAAUGGUGAUGGUGAUGGUCAAUGA